GAUCAGUACUUCCUGGUGACACUUGGGACAUUUUUCAUCAUCUGUUUUUUUUAAGAGAAGUCAGAGUCCAACGACUUUAGUUUAAACUGAAGACGAGCUCAAACCUGUGUAAAACAUGAUUGACGGUUUAAACCGCCCUGGACCAGCGGCGCCUGACGGAGGAGCAGAGCCGAGCGCCGCAGAGAGGAAUGUCCCAGAGUCGUCACAGAUACAACCCCCGCUGUGCCGCUUUCACUCUCAGGGAAAGCACUGCCGCUUCGGGAGCAAGUGCAGGUUCUUGCAUACAGGGAACCGGGCGCCAUCCUGUAGCCCCGGUUUACAGGACGUCAGCACCUCCCAACCAGAACAUCAUGAACAGACCUCCUCCAGGACGACUAACGUCAGGAUCCGAGCGGCACCUGCUCCAAGGCCGUGCCGCUACUUCCUGUCCGGCUUCUGCAGCAUGGAGGAACGCUGUCGCUUCUUGCAUCCUGCCCACAUGCCUCCAGUGGAGGAUCCUCCUCAUGAAGCCCCGCCUCGAGGUCCCCAGCCUCGAGGUCCCCAGCCUCGAGGUCCCCAGCCUCGAGGUCCAGAUCUGUCCAGAGACCUGAAACUGAGUGAUCUAACGGAGGACAUGGUCCAAAAGCUUCGACUUACAGAGAUCCAACAGCUGAAGAAACGCUUCCCCAAAGAUCUGAUCGUUCAGGAACAACAGGGUCUGGCCUAUUACAGGGCCACUGUCGAGGCCACGGAUCCUGACUGGCCGUUUGAUCUGAAGGAGGUUGACAUCAUGGUGAGCUUUCCAGACAGCUACCCCGAUGAGAUUUUUACUUUAGAAAUUCCUCUGGAUCAGCAGCUGCCUCCAGUUAUGGCAAAACACGUGGAACAAGCUUCAGUUCAGUGGCUUCAGGCGAAACACGCCACAAACAAACUGCUGGGAAAAGUUGAGCUUCUGUUUCGUCCUUUUCUGCGAUGGCUGGACCGAAGUCUGGAGCGGCUGUUCAUCGAGGGAGCUAAACAGCUGAAGAAGGACUUGGACUUGGAAAAGGCUGGACUCCAGUUUAUAUCGUACCAGGAGCUGCAGGCGGCGGUCAGCGAGAAGCAGACUGAGGAGGCGGAGUCUGAGCGGACCGAAGGGGCGGAGUCUAAGAGGACAGAAGAGGAAGAUUCUGAGAGGACGGAGGGGACAGAGACAGAGCAGACCGGAGAAAUGUCGUCUGAGCAAACUGAAGAGGAGGGAGUCCAUCUGGUGGAGAACAUCCGCCUCCAAGAACGUCCAAAAGGAACCGAGGUCCAGCUGCUCGGUCUGAGGCUCGGACUCAACACGGUCACAGUCAUGACCCAAAAGGUCACAGUCUGCCUCCGGUGUAACAGAUCACAGGGCGGUAGCUUGUUCCUUUUUACUAAAAUCCAGCCCAUCAAGGGCUCCCAGAUGGCGAUUUAA